UUGUUGACCUAAAGGGGAAGACCUAGUAUUACCUGCUUCUCGUAGAAUAUAUACGCCUAACUUGUGUACUAGACCUAACCUGGCUAGCACUUAUCAACAACACAGGAAACCCUGGAUAACACCCGAAGCGAUAAUGUGUAGACGAGGACAAAUGGGGUCAACCUGUUGCAAGUUACGCUGUUUCAAGUGUGGCUAGUCUCUCGCGAGGAAAUGUUGACUACUGUGCUGUGAGAGUGUGCUGUUAGAGUUACUUGUUGACAUAUUUUGUUGUGAAGUGUCUGCCUAGAGUCUAGAUCUAGUUAUACAAAUGUGAAGCUAUUAUAAGUGCUUAGACUACUGUGUCUCAGGAAAGUGCUAUUGGUAAGGGAACCUACUUUGAUAAGGCCUACAUCUAAAAGAGACUAUAGAUCAUUUCAUGAUUUCUUGUAACAAAGCGUUUGAAUGGAUAAGUAUAGAUGCUAGAUUCUAGACUAUAAAUCGAGAUAAUUUAAUUCUUGUUGUUACCAAGAUUCAUAUGGAAGUCUAGUCUAGUCUUGAUCUAGAUCUAGAUGCUCUGGAUUAAUUGAAUUGAAACUUAUGAUUGAUUCUACACUUUUAAUUCCACAAGAGUUCAAUAAUUUAAGCCCUUCACAAGGUUAAAGUUGACACACAUGGAAUAGUACACAAUGUGGACUUGUCUUGGAUUAAGUGUCUAUACACUGUCAGUGUUUAUUGUAUGUACAACUCAUGUAGGUGGCACAGAAAUUCUACAAAAGUGUUUGAAUGAUUUUGAACCUUUUGACUUUGGUUAUAUUUUCAUUUGUAUCAAUGGAAAUUUGACAGAUAAGAAAGUACAGAAUUUAACUUGUAAAGCUGGAGAGCAUCUCUACAUUGAAGAUUUUGUGCUGUACUUGCCUCGUAAAGAAGAUGGUAAAUGUCCUCCUCCGGAUGGAUUUAACUACAAGCAUUUUGUAAAUGCUUCAUGUUUAAACAGAGAAUACAAAGAAUUAUCCAAGAAGAUUGUUUCAGUUUUGAUGACUUCUCAUGAAGAUAUCAUUGGAGUUCAAUCAUUAUUAAAUACUAUUGUGAAUGGCUUGUUUCUUCUAACUGCGCUAUUUCAAUGUCAAAGAGAGAAUGUCAAUUCAAUAGACAUAUGUGAAGAUAACAAGAUUGAUGGGUUGAGUAAAGGCUUCAUGAAAUUAAAUACAGAGUCACUGAGGGCUAUGACAUUACGACCAUCAUCCUGCACAUGUUCUGUAGUAUCCUCUGAAAAAAACAUUACUUUAAGUGCUGUGGAUGUCAGGCUAGCAAAAACACAGAUAUUCAAAAGUUAUCAAGAAAAUAAUUCCAGAGGUUCUGAUAUUUUUGAAAAUGAUUCAUUGUUAUGGAAAAUAGAUGGAAAAAAAGUAAUUACAUCAAGAUUUACCAAGUUCAAUCUGUCAGUAGGCAAUAAAUUUAAUUUUUCCCAAAGUCUUUGGAUAGAACUUGAAGGUUCAGGUACAAAUACUAUGAAUAUAACAUGUAGCCCAUUGUUCAACAAUGAAAGUGAUCGUGCUGACGUAUCUCAUGAAUCUAAUUCAACUGGACUUGCAAUUGAAAUCAUUGUAGGCCUAGCUAUUGGAGGAUUUGUAACUCUCGUGGUGCUUAUCAUUUUGAUGGUGCUUGUGGUCUCUAGAAGAAGAAAUAGAACUGAGCAAGACAGCUUGACAAAAAGAGCACCAUCAACAUCUUUCUCAGAGAUUAAAGAAGCUAUCUACGCAGAGCCAGAUACUCCAGUAGCAGAAACAAAGACCCCCCUGGUGUCUUCCAACUAUAUGGAGCUAGAAAAAAAUAAUAUUUAUGCUGAACCUGGACCGGCAAAUAAUAAUUUCAAAUUGGGUGAUCUUACUAGUCAAUCAUGUACAGAUGAGGAGAGUGACAAUCUUGUACCUAACAUCUACAAUCACCUUGGGGAACAACCAGUUCCACCACAAAGUCAUAUCUAUGACACAACUGGCAGUCAUGAUUACAGCACUACAUUUGAUCGAAAAAAUAAACCAAAAGUUAUUCAUAACAUAUAUGAUCGGUAGUGGGUUGUGUAGAAAGAGUCAUCUUUAAACAAAUAUAUAAGAGAUAUGUUACUUCUUAUCUUUUGUGGGGCCUAAAUCACAUAAGAGACUACUGCAUGGCCUCUGAAAUAAUUAACAUUUUGCUUUUAAGCAAUGAACUCAACAUUGGAUGGACCACAAUAGUUUGAUGCCAUGUCUUGAAAUAUCAUUUCAACUAGAGCAAACUACAUCCACCACCAAAACCACAUAGCAUAGUAAAAGCAGUGGAUUAUAUUCUAUGCAUCAAAGUAGUUAUUACAUCUCUAACUUUUGGUGAGAAAAUUUUUGAGAAAAAGUUGUUUUUUGAAUCAAUUUCUCUGAUAGUUCUGUCAUGUAAUCUUGAAUAUAUAUAUAUAUAAUGUCCAUUACUGACUGUCUUAGCUAGAUGAUUAACUUGUUCAGGAAGUCUUCAGCAAUGAUAGUUUACUAAACAUUGAAUGUCUUUGAACAAUUCUGUUGACUGUACAUUUGAUAUUUCCAUUGAUUUAAAGUCAAGAGAAAAUAUUUUUUUUAGUAAAAGAAAUUGCAAAUUACAAGUUUUUUUUCCUAUUGUCAAAAUAUAAGUUCACCAAAAUGUCCAGUACCCCAAUGGCUUCUAGUGUAUUUGGAACCAUUAUUGGAAAAGUUGGCAGACAAAACAAUCAACUACAAAGAAAAAAGAAAAACUACAAAGAAAAAAAACUGCCAUUUUUAUCCUCCAGUUUUCUGUGCUUUGGUUAAACUUUUAUUUUGAAGAGAUUGACCAGUUUUGUUUCCCUGCAUGUACAUAUUUAUUUUCUUAGUUUAUUUAUUUAUUUAUUUUUUUUAACAAAAAUCUUAUUUAGGAGAAAGAUGGAUCUGUAGCUGCAUGUUACUAAAAAUUUGUCUCAACAUCAUCUUCAAUUAGAUAUUACCAAACAGAAUUUGCAUUUUUUAAUUGCUUGAUUCUUUAGUUUAAAUUAUGAACUUAAAAUUAUUUACUAGAUCUAACAGCAGAAAGUAUUUUUUUUUUCACAUGCUAAUUUGAAUUCCAUUUAGAUCUAGUAAAAUGUAAUCUAUUGUAAAUGUAUGCAAUUAUUAAACUAUGUUGAGAUGUAUUGGAACAUUGUAAACAUAACUUUAUUUUUUUUUUUUUUUAAUUAGCACAUGUACCCUUUCAAGUUUUCUAGUAAAAAUCUAUCUAUACAGACUAUUUGCUUUGAUCAUUCAAUAAUCAGUGACAAUGAAUAAAAUUAAAGACAUUAAAAAAAAAACCUUCAGUAUUAUUUUGUUUAUGUUGGUCUGAACUCACAUUUUCUAACAGAUUUGUGCCCUUAAAACUUAUUUACUCUGAUCAUUAUAUAGUCAGAAUUGUUAUUAAAGAACAAGAAAAUAAAAACAUCAAAUUUAAAAAAAAUUAAUAGUGGUCCUUGUGUCAUUUAAAGCCUUUUUUUUUUUUUUGGUUACAUUAUUCUUAGUCUUACAGUGUUUUAACUAAUGAUAGAACUGGUCAGUGUUAUAAAUUAACUAAGGUUGUUAAUGUCUUUUGUAUGCGAUUAAAAGGCCUGUCAUUUCUGCCAGUAUGAACUUAAAAUGCAGAAAUGCAUCCAAUUUUACUCAGAGUAUGUUAUUGUGCUUGCCUUAGAAAUGAAAAGAACUCAUUUUAUUAAUGUAUUAAUGUUAUUAAUUUUUAUUUCAUCUUUCUCUCAUUUCUAUUCUAGCACUUUUUUUUUUCUUCAUUUCAUUUUCUGUUUUGGCUGCCGCAGAAAUUGUGUAAGUUCACACAUUUAUUUGUCUUUUGAUGUUUUAUACCAAUGUAAACAUUGUAGGAAAGUUUUAUUCUUCAUCUGUUUAGAUUUUGAAAAACUCUGUUCAUAAUUUUUUUUUUUUAGCUAUGUUAAAGUUCAGUUUUGAAAUAAUGACCUUGACAUUAUCAGCAUUUCAAGGACUAUUUGUAAUUUUUAUUAGAAAUUUUGUUUCUGUUCUUUGAAAGCAAUACAAUAAUGGACAUGACAGAUCAUAGCAAUGCCUUUUAUUUCCAGGUGUCUUUCAUCUUUGUACGUUUUUUCUACCACUUCAACAUUUUCUUUUUAUUGAAAAUGUUUUUUUUUUUCUUGUAAUGAAUUUCUAUUUCUUUCUUUAAUGUUUAGAUACAAAAAUGGAUUUCAAAAUGGCAGUGUCAUAAUAUUUAGUUGAUCAAUAUAUAAUCUGUGCUGCUAGAUGUAUAUAAUUUUAAAUCUUUUUACACAACUAAUUUUGAAAACAUUCAUCCUAGUUGUGAAAUACUAGUACCUGAUUCAUUUUUUUUGGGGUGCAAAAUCACACAGUUUGUUCAGGGCUUUAGAAUAUUUUAAGCUUUCACUAACGAGGUGAAGAAAAGACAUUUGAUCUAUUAAGUACUUUUAAAAUUCAGAUUUAAAAGGGCUGAGAACUAAACAGAAUAUAAAAAGGAGCAAUUGCUUUUGUUGAUAAUAAUAUCGUGGUCAACUACAGAACAUUAAGCCUUAAACUUUGUUGUUGUUUAUGUUUUUCUGACGCUUUCUAAGUGUACAUACUUUUAUUGUAAUCAUCUAACAGCUCAAGUCAAUUAUUGAAAUCACAGUGUAAUUUAUUACAAAUUGUAUCUAUGCAUCAGGCCAAUGCAGUGAUAAAUGUCAGAGAACUAAUAAUUGUUUUUCAAAACUCUGUCCUCCUUAAAUUAGUUUAUGUGAAUGAGCCUUCAUUAUGAAGUAUAUGCUCCAGACAUCAUUUAUAACCAUCUUGUUAUGCAUUUUUAAAACUGUAUUUUAACUAAAAGGAUGUUUAAACAGGGUAUUAUAAAUAUACUAAAAUUUAAUAAUAGAUCUAUUUUCAUAUUUCUAUAUAAAAUUGUAUAUUGUAUUGAGUUCUGAAUAUUUUAUCACUUAGUCUAGUAAUGUUUAGCAUAGGUCUUUCUCUCUGGUAACAACAGCUUGGAAGUCUUUAGAACCCUUUCAAAAAAUCAGUAUGAUGGAAUCCAUAAUUAGCAAUUAAAAAACUUUAAGUACCAUUGGUAAUAAAUGACAUCUACAUCUAAAAAAAGGUUUGCCCACCUAUUAUUUAAAAAAUUUCUAAAGCUAGGAACUUAAAAAUGAAUUAUGCUAGAAACAUAUUUAUUGUCUAAAUAAAAUGUGUUAAAAGGAUUUUCUUACAGGAGAAUAUGGAUAUUAAAAGCAGAGUAAGAAAAGCAUCCAAUAUAAGACUAAAACAGAAAGUAGGUCAGUGGGCUGCAGAGACCUCUUCUCCCCCACCUCUAGCACAUUUAUCUUGACAAUGUACACUGCAUUGGCUGAUUGAAAUGUUCAAAUAUGUGCAAUGAAAUAGCUAUUUCAGUUUGAUUAAAGAGUUGAUUGCAUUGUUGAUUGAUAGAAAAAUGUCUAGUAUAAUAGCCUGCUACUUGGCUGCCAUGAUGUUAACUUUGAAUGUUUGAGAAUAAAUCAUGACGAUCCUAGGUAAAUUUGUUUUCAAUGAAUGUGCCCAUUUCUGUGUGUUCUACUCAAACUGAUGAAUGUUCUUCUUAUCCUUUCACAUUUCCAGACACCAUCCUACAUGGCCAGACACCAUUCUACAUGGCCAGACACAUACAAAUGCAAUAAAAAAAAUUCCUUGUUCACUGAAUAUUUGUAUAAUUUUUAAGCCAACUGGCAUUACUUUUGAGAAUACAUUGUUUUGUUUCUUCAAUGCUGUUCAAAGUGUUAAGAGACAAAAGGAACUAUUACAACUUUCGAAGACUCAUAAAUUUUAGUACAAUCUUAACCAAUAAUAGAACUAAUAACUAAUUGGACUGUCAAUUUGGCUUGUUUAAAAUCAUGAUUUGUUUUCAUAUUGAUUAAAUGUAUGUUUGUUUUUGGGAAAAGGCGUUUGAGAGAUGUUAACAAUGUUUCAGUGAUACUGGACUUUCUAUUUGUUACUUGAAAGCUUCAAUGUUUUUAAAGAUUGUGCCUUGAUUUGUUUUGUGAAUAAAAUUCAAAAAUUUUAACUGCUUAAGGUAUAAGUCAAUAAAAUUUCAAAUUUUGGA